CAAAAUUAAAAGAAGAGCAAUAUGCUAAGUAUAAAAAGUGUUUUACAAUUAAUGCACUUAGAGAAACUCAUUGGAACAGUUUUUAUGCAAUUUGCUUAAGUUUUUUAAGAUCCCAAAAAGCAUUACAGAUUCUUGUGAUUAAGUUUAAACCACCAAUUAGUGAAACUUUACAUGCUAGAACAGAACACAAAUUAAAAUGUAAAAUAUAUGAAAUUAUUAAAGCAGAUCAAAUGCAUGCACAUGAAAGUAUCCUUGAGCAGCAAUCUGAUUUUAAUAUAUCUGCUAAAAUUGAUUCUAUGAAUAAAGCUAAUAUUAAACCAUCUAAUUUAACUAGUGAAAAUAAUUUGAGUUUUGUUGAAGAUAAAAAAAUAUGA